AUGCUCGGAUUGUUAUUGAAACUCCAUCUAAUCAAUUGUAUGAUCAUAAUUUCAUAUGCCCAAGAGGCAAAUACAUAUAAUGCUGCUGUCGUGGAAUAUCCUACUUCUGGUUUCACAAACGGCACUGAAGAUGAAAAAUUAACCGAUAGAGCUACGAAAUUAAUAGAUUUAUUGAAAACAAUUACCACAAUAUUAGAAAUAAUAGUGUACCCAGAACACGUUCUAAACACCGACGUUCCUCCAUCGUUAAUAGCCACAAAAAUACCCGAAAAAUUCACGGAUGUAAUAUGCAAUUCCUCAGACAAUAAUUAUAAAUUAUACUUAAAACUAUUCUCCUGCGCCGCCAUCAAAUACAACACCUCAAUCGCCAUAAAUGUAAUCGAAGAAGAACACUGUUCAACGAAUACCGAUUGUGGCACAAACACAGAUAAAAAGUACUACAAUUCUUUAGUGGUUUUCGAUGAACACGGUCUCGUAUCAGGAAGGUACAGAAAAUGGAAUUUAUUCGGCGAAUAUCAACUGUCAACCUCCGAUACACCGGACAUUAUUACAAUCACGACUAAAAACAACAUAACAUUCGGCCUUUUUAUAUGUUUCGACAUCAUUUUCAGCGUGCCAAGCAUGAAUUUAACCAGGGAUCUCGGCGUGAGAAACAUAAUAUUCCCGAAUAACUGGAUCUCCGAACUCCCCUAUUUAACCUCAUUGCAAGCACAACAAAUGUGGGCGCAGGAGAAUAACGUAGUGUUGCUGGCAGCUGGUGGGAAUAAUCCCAAAACAGGUGCAAGCGGAUCAGGCAUUUACAAUGGCGAAAUGGGGCCAAUCAAUAGCACAUUUAUCGGAGGAAACGGUGGAAAUGAGGUGAUAGUAGAAACAAUUUCUCCCGAUAACGCCUUAAAUGUGGAGUCACUCCCUCCGUUAAACGAUGAAACUGAUAGUAUAGCUAAAGAUUUGGACGAUUUUUUCCUGCUAAGAGAUUUAUCAAUGGACGACCACUCAUCAAUUCUAAUGAACGAAAAUUCAUCUAUAAUACAAGACACAGUUUGCGAUAACACACUCUGCUGUAACUUCGACAUUUCAAUCGCCUUUAACGAGUCCAUGACUGGAAAAUACAGAUACAAAUACCAUUUGGCCACGUUCAAUGGAAUUAGAUCCUUUUCCGGAGUCAGAUACGCAGGCAUAGAAGCUUGCGGAGUCGUCGCUUGCCUGAAUGAUUCCUUAUCAUCUUGCGCCAGAAGAUUUUCCAACUACUCGGAGAUAUACUGGCCGAUUACGUUCGAAAGCAUCAAGGUAGAAGCUGAUUUUAUCAAGGACGAAAACAGGACGCAGUACCCCAAUUCCUUGACCAGCUCCUUGAGGCCGGUUCAUCCGAGCUACACCCAUUGGGGAACCGUCGAAGAGGAGCUUCUGGUAACGAGGAGGCACAUUCUGUUCUCGCCUCAGCAGCGUUUGUUGUCCUUCGGGAUAUUCGGAAGGGAUUACGGCAGAGAUAGCUCUUUGAUUGUUAAAAAUGGAUCGAUUAAAAGAGAGUGCGAGGUUGGAGCUUUAGUAUUCAUUGUAGCUUUAAUCCAUGUUUUAAGAUGA